AGCAACGCACGCCAUUCCUCCGGCGAUGGAACAAGGUAGAUGCCUCGUUUUAUUCUCCUCCCCCUUCGACGCUCUCUUCUCCGUUCAAAUUGGCUGAUUGGCUUGGCAAGGAGAGAGGCCCGAUGAGUUCCUGCGUCCGCGCGGCUGAUCGUUUCUAAACUGUCUCAUGCCCCUCUUCGAUUCGAUCCGAUCGCACUGAUCUCGAGAAGUCGGCAUCUCCCCUCGCGACCGCACCGGCGUAGGUGAAUCUAGGGUUUCUAGUUUGUUUCGAUCCCUUCAGGUGCUGAUCCAGAGAAGAAUCUGCAAUUUUUGGGUUCUGUCGAUUGGGAAUUAUUUGGAAGCUCUGGUGCGCGCGGAAUCAAACUUAUGCAAAAGAGCCGUGGGCUUUUUGGCUGGUUCAUUCCGAGAUGAGGAUGAUCUCUGGUUUCGUCUCUUUGAUGCAGUCGAGCUUCUCACCUCCUGCGUGGGCAUCUAUUAUUGCUGGAUUCUUUGUUCUCGUUGUCCUCGCGCUUUCUUCCUUCCUUCUCUUUGAGCACCUUUCGGCGUACAAUAACCCCGAGGAGCAGAAGUUUCUAAUUGGGGUCGUCUUGAUGGUCCCCUGUUAUAGCGUUGAAUCGUAUGUUUCAUUGGUGAAUCCAUCACUUAGUGUUGAUUGUGGAAUAUUACGAGACUGCUAUGAAGCCUUUGCCAUGUACUGUUUUGGAAGAUAUUUUGUUGCUUGCUUAGGUGGAGAAGAGAGGACAGUUGAGUUUAUGGAGAGGGAAGGUGCUUCUUCUGCAAACACUCCUCUCCUGGGUCAUGUUUCUGAGAAGGGUGUCAUUCAUCACCAUUUUCCAAUGAAUUAUUUCUUGAAACCUUGGAGAGUUGGAAAUUGGUUCUACCAGGUUAUAAAAUUUGGAAUCUUCCAAUAUAUGAUAAUAAAGACUAUCACAGCAAUCUUGUCCGUGAUUUUUGAAAGUUUUGGUGUAUACUGUGAAGGAGAAUUCAAGUUGCGAUGCGGGUACCCUUACAUGGCAGCUGUUCUCAAUUUCAGUCAAUAUUGGGCACUCUACUGUUUAGUUCAAUUUUACACUGCUAUUAAGGAUGAAUUGGCUUACAUAAAGCCACUGGCAAAGUUCCUCGUAUUCAAAUCCAUUGUGUUCUUGACUUGGUGGCAAGGUGUCACAAUUGCACUUCUAUAUACAUUGGGCUUGCUCAAGAGUCCUAUUGCUCAAGGCCUGCAACUCAGAUCAAGUAUCCAGGAUUUCUUCAUAUGUAUAGAGAUGGCAAUAGCUUCCAUAGUUCAUCUUUAUGUUUUCCCUGCCAAACCAUAUGAGCUAUUGGGUGGCCAGUUACCUAGAAAUGUUUCAGUACUUGGAGAUUAUGCCUCUGCCGACUGUCCUGUUGACCCUGAUGAAGUUAAGGAGUGUACACGACCUACAAAACUGAGACUCCCUCAGCCUGAUACCAGUGUCAAAGCUGCUACCAAUAUUAAAGAAAGUGUACGAGAUAUCGUUGUUGGUGGUGGCGGACAUAUUGUAAAUGAUUUCAAGUUCACUGUAAACCGAGCUGUGGAGCCCGUGGAGAAGACCUUUACUAAAUUCAAUGAGAAGCUUCACCGGAUCUCGCAGAACAUUAAAAAAGAUAGAAGGAAAUCUAGGGAUGACAGUAGCAUCUUAUCACAACCCAGGAGGGAGAUCUUGGGAAUCGACGAUCCUCUGUUGAACGGAGCUUCUAGCGAUAGUGGGGCUACCAGAGGAAGAAGACACCAAAAGAAAUUAGUUUCGGCCAAUGAAAGUGGGGGAGACAGCAGUGAACAACCCCCUGGUGUAUUCAAGAUUCAAGGCCACAGGUGGGUUAUAAAGGACUAGACAUCACUUUUGUAGUUUGCAAAGAAGAAAGUUCUGCAAAUGUCAAGGAUUCGUUAUGAAUUGGUGUUGUAGUGGUUCCUUCAUAAACCAGUGGCUGCAAGGAUGCGAUUAUGUUUCAAAGCAUAAUGCAGCAGAUAAGUGAUCCUUUGAAAGGAAAGUGUCUAUAUGCAUUCAGCGAGUCCACUCAUUUUUUUUCCAUUUGUAAAUUGUAUUUAGUGAAAGCCAAAGCAAAUAACGUUAUAGGAUAUACUCUAGGCUGAACAUCUUGUACCUCGACUUCACUUUAGUAAAAAGGCCAAAGAAAUAGAGAAACUCCAGGUCGAACAUUUUGUACCUGUGUUUCUACAGAUAUGUUGAUUUAUUAAGUGAAUAUUUUCUCAGUCA